AUGACCUAUGCCUCAAAUGAUCCCACUUGGUGGCCGACUAUCAAUGCAUCUCGUGUUCAAAGCUAUUUUGUAGUCGCCGCCUUUGUUGCAGUGAUCGCUCACAUUUGGACAAGAGGUGGAAUUGGUAUGGAGACAACGAUGGUCCUUAAUGACGGUUAUGUAUCUCGGUGCGCGUUACCUUGGAAUCUUAUUUGCUGUCCUGCACGUGCUGAGCAGUAUUCCGACCAUCUGGCUGACAGAUACAGUGAGCUGGAUUAUGUACACCGUAUGGAAUUGGACUAAUAUUGUGAUAUUUGCGAUGCUGUGGGUCAUCAUCAUCGCUCGGUUGCAUGCGAUGUAUCAAGGAUCCAGAAAGACCCAGAUAUUUCUUACUGUCACCUUUCUGGCUAUCAACACUUUCGAUGCAGUGGCCCUCAUAAUGAUUACGAUGAAUUCUUCAGGGGAAGAACUCAUUCUCUCCGGCACUUAUCAGUGCCAGAUUAACUAUGCGAAAGAUAUCAAAUUUAUAAUUUCCAUUGCUUGGAUACUCACCACCGUGUGGGAGGGCAUCACGCUAUGUCUCGCAGUCUGGAUUGUGGUAAAACACUUUCGUGAAUUGCAACAACAUUCGGCAGGAGGGAUUAUCGAGGACUGUUUCACGGUGUUGAUGAAAACUCACGUGGUUUACUUCGCGAGCCUUGUUGCUGUUUCUUGUCUCCAUCUCAUUCUUGAUUUCUAUCCAAGAUUCUGGACGGCCGAUUCCCUGGAUGCUCAGAUUAUUUAUGGGUGUGUUCAGAUUUUUGAAGUCGUGCAGAUGUUUGUGUUGGGACCGCGCCUGAUCCUUGGUGUUCGAGAAUAUCAUGCUAAGCUCGUGGCCGAUUCUGACGUAGCAACUGGUAUGACCUCAGUCGCUUUCCAGGAGCGCGUGGAAAUAUCAACUGGCAGUGGUGUGUGA